AUGAGUUCUUCGUUGUCUCGGUGGUAUCUUUCGUUUUUGUUUCAAAUUAACAAUCAAUUAUGGUUCUUAUUAUCAUGGACAAUCAUGGUAAUUUGUGGGGCUACAGCAGUGUAUUAUUCAUAUUAUUAUGACUUAGUUUUUUUUAAAAUUAUAUUAACAAUUAAUUGGCCAUGGUUAUGUAUUUGUAUGGUCUUAUUAAAUGCUACAAAUCCAGGUUUUUUUCCUUUAAGAGAAGAGUACUUUAAACAAAACCAAGAUAAGAAGUUUAAAAUGUAUGACGUUAAUUUAUUUGGAAGUGACAUUACAGCAAAGUAUAAAGCUACUUAUCUUCCACGAACAUUUUGUCAUAAAUGUAAAUUUAAUCGACCAUUGAGGGUGCAUCAUUGUCGUAAAUGUGAUUUUUGUGUUGAGAGAUUUGAUCAUCAUUGUAGUUGGAUUGGAAAUUGUGUAGGGAGUAACAACAGAAAGAUUUUUUAUACUUUUCUAUGUAUUACUGUAUUCACUGAUUACAUUGCAACAAUAACAACAGGAUAUUCUAUUUAUUGUAAUGUUAUAAAGCACAGAAUAAUAACAACACCACUACUAUAUUUUUCUUUUUGUUUGUUUAUUAGUGUUGCAUUUUUCAUUACUAAAUUAUGGUAUUUUCAUACUCAGGCCAUCUGCAAGAAUUAUACAACAUACGAAUAUAUAAAGAACAAAGACUUCAAUCUUCCUAAUCCAUAUGAUGAAGGGAUAAAAACAAAUAUUACAAAAUUUUUCUUUACAUCAAAUCCAUCAUGUGGAAGAUUAUUUUGGACUAAAGAAUACUAUAAUUAA